AUUACUUCCAAAAACCCAAGGCAGGAAAACAUUUGUUCAUUUCAGUUGAUUUGAUUUGAUUUGAUUUUGACCUGAGAAAUGGGUCGGAGAGCCGAUGACGAGUACGAUUACUUGUUCAAAGUAGUAUUAAUCGGCGAUUCAGGCGUCGGCAAAUCGAACUUGCUGUCCCGAUUCACUCGCAACGAGUUUUGUUUGGAAUCUAAAUCAACGAUUGGAGUCGAAUUCGCUACCCGCACUCUUCAGGUUGAGGGAAGAACAGUGAAGGCUCAGAUAUGGGACACAGCUGGGCAAGAGAGAUACAGGGCUAUAACCAGUGCAUAUUAUCGUGGUGCUCUAGGUGCUCUUCUUGUGUAUGAUGUCACAAAACCUACCACAUUUGAGAACGUGAGUCGUUGGUUGAAGGAGCUGAGGGACCACGCAGACUCCAACAUUGUUAUUAUGCUCAUAGGAAAUAAGACUGAUCUCAAGCAUCUCAGAGCUGUUGCGACAGAGGAUGCUCAAAGUUUUGCCGAAAAAGAGGGGCUCUCAUUCAUUGAGACCUCUGCUCUGGAGGCCACUAAUGUGGAGAAGGCCUUCCAGACCAUCCUUUCAGAAAUAUAUCGUAUAAUCAGCAAGAAACCGCUAUCUUCCGAGGAGCCCGCAGCAAAUAUCAAAGAGGGGAAGACUCUUGUUGUUGGUCCACAAGAGACUGACACGAAGAAGACCUGCUGUUCGACGUCCUGAUUUAUCAUCUUCUCUAUUUUGGCAUUUGUCGAUUUCUGUUGUGAUUUUGGUUGUUUUUGAUAUUUCUCCAUUGAACACCUUGCAGAUAUAUUUGAGGCUUUCUUAAAAUUGUCAGGGGAUGAUUAUUUUGUUUCUUUUGAAUUUGUUAUUAUAUUUAUUAGUAGUAUUUCUUUA